AACGCUGAUCUCUAUAAAUAAUCCUCAUCAUUAACACUUCACAUCUUACCUUCUAAUUCUGUCUGAUUUUCAGAAACAAUCCCGGUUCAUUCUGAGAGACUGAGAGCCUGAAAUAAAGGAUGAAUGAGGUGGAGUUGUCGUGCCUGGCGUGUGUAAAGAUGUUCCUGCACGCGAGUGUGUAUCCACGCUGCAGUGUGAACGGUCUGCUGUUGGCUCCUGCCGGAGGAGGAGUGUGUGAGGAAGAUGUGUGUGUGACAGACUGUGUACCUCUACUGCACUCGCAUCUUCCCCUGGCCAUGAUCGCCCAGCUCGCUCUCACACAGGUGGACGUGUGGUGUUCUCAGACGCAGCAGAGGAUUGUGGGAUAUUAUCAGGCUAAUGCUAAUCUGUCUGACAGCAGUCCAACUGCAUGUGCUUUCAAAAUGGCUGACAAAGUCCUGGAGCAGAACAGCAACGCAGUGUUAGUGAUGAUUGACGGAAAGAAAAUGUCACCUGGAUUUCGUGUUCCUCCAAUAGUGAUGUACGAACAUAAAGACGCACGAUGGACCUUAAAAGACAAACACACAAUAAUGCUCCGUCAGUGGGAAGAAACUCUAGCAGCCACUGAUCAGUUACUAAACUCGAGAGAUCAUAUGCUGCUGGUUGAUUUCGACAGCCAUUUGGAUGACAUCACAAACGACUGGACCAAUCAGAAACUCAAUGCCAAAAUCAUGGAGCUCAUCUGUCCAGCUAACGGAAACAUGUAAAAAUCUGCGUUAUGUCUAACGCUGACUUAAUAAAGCAUGUGAAGUAAAUAAAAAAAUUAUUUGGGGAAAUAAAUUAUACAUGAACGCUG